AUGGGCAAGAAGUUGUUCAAGUGUGAUCUCUGUCCUGCACAGUUCCACCAAAGCGUGGGCUUGUCACAUCACAAGCGAGAACACACAUGCAUGGGGCCAUACAGAUGUGAUCUCUGCCCUGCAGAGUUCGGCAAAAGCAGGAAAUUGCGAGACCACAAGAGAACACACGCGAGUGAGAGGCCAUACAAGUGCGAUCUCAAUCCUCAAGCACAAUGCUCAAAAUUCAGUCAUAGGACAGCUCUGACGUGUCACAAGCGAAAACACACGGGUGAGAAGCCCUACAAGUGCGAUAUCUGUAUUGCAGAGUUCAGCUUCAGUGCGAGCCUGUUGUAUCACAAGCGAAAACACAUGGGCGAGAAGUCCUAUAAGUGUGAUCUCUGUACAGCGGAGUUCACCCAGAGUUUUAGCCUGUCGUGCCACAAGCGUAAACACACUGGUGAGAAGCCCUUCAAGUGCGACCUCUGUCUUGCAGAGUUCAGCUGUAGCGCGAAUUUCGCGCGCCACAGGCGGACACACACAGGCGAGAAGCCAUACAAGUGCAAUCUCUGCCCUGCAGUGUUCAACCACAGGACGGCACUGUCACAUCAGAAGCACACACACAUGGGAGAAAAGCCGCACAAGUGCGACCUCUGUCCUGCAGAGUUCAGCACAAGGGCAGGCCUGCGGCGUGACAGGCGGACACACAUGGACGAGAAGCCAUACAAGUGCGACCUCUGUCUUGCUGAGUUCGGCCAGGGUGAGAGGCUGUUGUAUCACAAGCGGAAACACACUGGCGAGAAUCCCGGUAAGUGCGACCCCUGUGUCGCAGAGCUGAGCCAGAGCGCAAGCCUGUCAUGUGACAAGCAAGAACGUGUGGGCGAGAAGCCCCACAAGUGCGAUCUCUGCACCGCAGAGUUCACCCUGAAGGGCAGCCUGACUCGCUACAAGCGAAAACACACAGCACGAAAUUGCAGUGUCACGAGCGGACACACACGGACGAGAAGCCAUACAAGUUCAAUCUCAGUUCCUGCGAGCUUGAGCCAGAGCACAAACCUCCAGGGCUACUACAAGGGGGACCUACGCAGCCGAACUGUUGCCGGCAUACAGCAGCGAUUGCCCACCCACUCAAAAAUCACACGAUUGGGCCAAGUCUUGGGGCUCAGCUGA